AUGAAAUUCAGGCUCUUACUGGCCGUCUCUCUGGCGGUCCUCUGCCUCGUCGAGGCCUCCUCCUCUUCAAACAGCAGCCCGCUGGUGCGUGUCCAGCUGCACAAGACCCAGUCGCUGCGUAGUAAGUUCGUGGAGGUCGACUCGCCGAUCAAGCUCGCCUACACCACCCACCAAUUCAAGCACUGGUACCAUGGCACUCCGGAGCCGCUGUCCAACUACGCCGACGCGCAGUACUACGGCGAAAUCAGCAUUGGCACUCCUCCGCAGAAGUUUUUGGUCAUCUUCGACACUGGCAGCUCGAACCUGUGGGUGCCUUCCAAGAAGUGCAAGUUCACCAACAUUGCCUGCCUCCUGCACAACAAAUACGAUAGCACCAAGUCAUCUACUUACGUGAACAAUGGGACUGCCUUUGAGAUCCGCUAUGGAACUGGCAGUAUGACUGGCUUCCUCUCCACGGACACCGUCACCGUGGCCGGCCUGGCCAUCAGCAACCAGACCUUUGCGGAGGCGGUCACCGAGCCCGGCAUCACCUUCCUGGCGGCCAAGUUUGACGGCAUUCUCGGCCUGGGCUUCCAGACCAUCUCCGUCGAUGGCGUGCCCAUUGUCUUCGACAACAUGGUCAAGCAAGGCCUCGUUCAGCAGCCCAUCUUCUCCUUCUACCUGAACCGCGACGUGGACGGCAAGGUCGGCGGUGAGAUCAUCUUCGGCGGCUCUGAUCCGAACUUCUACCAGGGCGAGUUCACCUACGCUCCGCUGACCAAACUCGGCUACUGGCAGUUCACCAUGCACGGCAUUCUGAUUGAGAACCAGAGCGACAACAAGAUUGUCGGCCAUGUCUGCGAGUCAGGCUGCGAGGCCAUCGCCGACACUGGCACCUCGCUCAUUGCCGGCCCUAAGGACCAGGUGGACCACCUGAACCGCGCCCUGGGCGCCAUGGGUCCCAUCAAGGGCAUUUACAUGUUCAACUGCAACACCACCAGCUCGCUGCCGAAGAUCAUCUUCCAGAUCAACGGAAAGCAGUUCCCGCUGACCGCCGACCAGUACGUCUUCAAGCAGUCUGCCAUGGGCCAGGAUAUUUGCAUCAGCUCCUUCAUUGCUCUCCCCGCGGAGAUCCCCCUGUGGAUUCUGGGUGACGUCUUCAUCGGCAACUACUACACCGAGUUUGACUAUGGCAACAAGCGCCUUGGCUUUGCCCCUACCAAGUUCACCAACACCAUCAACGCUGUUUAG